AUGUAUAAUAAAACCAUAAGAACCCAUACAUUCAUCACCCCAAACCCACACCCCCAGAAUGUCCCAAACCAACCCCCCGACUUGAUCCUCGCCAGCACCUUCACCUGCACCACUCAUGCCCACGCCGCUCCAACCAUCUCCCCCAGCAACCCGUCCAACCAACUCCCCCCAGGCCUCACAGUCCUCAUAAUCGGCGCGAGGCGCCGGCAUAGCCUCCGCCUACGCCCUCUGCAGAACUAUCCUCCGUAUCCCAGCGCAUCCUCUCUUCAUACACGGAAUCUGCGUCUCGGGCACCAAGCAUCUACCGAGUUUAGACAUUGUAGUCUUAAAUUCUGGAGGGCGAGUUUGGCAAUAAGGCGUAUUUUCUUUCCAAGUUUGCGCAGGCGAAGGUUGGUGGAGCGUUUGGCGGGGCAGUAUAGAGGGGAAGGGGUGUUGACGGUUGCAGUGCAUCCUGGGGCGGUGAAUACAGAGAUGGCGAGUGAGGCUACGCCGGAGAGUCUUCGGGCUUAUCUUUCGGAUGAUGUCGGGUUAUGCGGUGCAUUCUGUGUAUGGUUAAGUCGUGAGAAGCGCAUGUGGCUUAAUGGACGGCUGCUGAGUGCAAGCUGGGAUGUUGAUGAGUUGGUAGAAAAGAAAGAUGAGAUUGAGGACCGGGACAUGUUGAAGUUUGGGUACAGGGUGGGCAACAUCUAG